AGACUCCUUAUUGUGUCAUCUAUCAUGUCUUUAUAUUCUUGAUUGGUCCAUGAAUUUGUUUUUGGUGGCACAUAUGUUACAAUGAUUGUUAACUCUUUAUUGACAAUCAAUUACUUCUCUAACAAGCAAGAAACGAGUGGCAGUACUACCUGCCCAAGAAAAGGCUAAGAUAGCAGGGUCAUCCGAUUGCUCCCUCCUUCAUAGACAUUAGCUUCCUCAGAAAUUGCCAGCCACUGUUAGAUAUACUCUCUUUAAGGGUGGUGGUGUGGAGAAAUCUUGAGGGAAGGCAUGUCUUUCCCAUGUCUUCACCAUCCCCAACAAAACUUCACCAAAGGGAAGACUUACUCAAUCUCAGCCAUCUAGACGAGCUUGUAAAAAACUACAAGUACGUCUUUGUCUCCAGUGGGGCAAUUGGAUGGCGACCCCAGAUCUCAAGAUUGUCUGCUGGCACGUCCCCUGUCUAUGGUGCUUCCUGGCUUUCCACGAUGAGUCGGACACCUACAGUAGUUCACCAGCUCCCUUCCCUUUCUCUCACCCCAAAGGUUUUCACUAGGCUCUCCAAGGUAGUUGCCUUGAAGUUGGUAACAGCAGUGUUGAAUUGCUUCAUGUAUCUGGAUACUUGGGUGGUGGCUGUCCCAUCACCAAAGGAGAAAACCCUAUGUUUGAUGCCAUCCCGAGAGAAGGGGAUGGGGGCAGCCACUGAGGCCACAGAAAGACAGUGUCAUCCUUCAGCCACUGCCAUAGGAGCAGAAGAGUCUGAGAAGGAACUAAUAAUUGGAGAACAUCAUGGGACCCUACCUGGACAGCAGUGUUCACCACCCUUAGAAAAGCAAUACAGGGGAUCCUCGCAAUUCGACAGGGUUAGGGAGGUCUUUCAUCAGUUGAAUCAGCGUUAAUUCAAAUCGUGAAGCAACUUUUCCCAUAGGAUACUUAAGAAUUAGAGGGGAUAGGGACCAACCUCCAGCCUAGACCCCCCCAAUAUAUCACUAUAACCUUUAUAAAACACUAACCUAGACUAAAUCAGUACUUCAUUUACAUGUAACUUUUUAUUAUUAAACACAUUAGGGUGCUGUACAGUACAUUUCUGGAAAUAAAAACACUUGUAUGAUGCAAUGGUCUCACGGUACUUGUCCCUGUUCUUCCAAAUUAUUGAUACUGUUUAUAUAGGGACACCAAUUUACAGUACAACGACACUGUGAACUAUACCUACCUCACACUUUCUUAUAAGCUCAAGCUUAUUAUCUUUGAAAGGCAGGAAGUUAAUUGUGCUUCUUAGGGCUGAGGAACACCUGCUGGUGCGAGAGUGACGCAGAUUAAGUGACGCACAGGCCGCAAGGCUGCCACUCUAAAUUUUCAUUUCUCCCUACCACUCGCGCACAUUUCCUCCUCUACUUUCACCUACCACUUGUGCACAUUUUCCCCUAUUUUCACCUCGGCCAAUCCCAAAAUUCCUUUUUGUACAUGCAUAUAUUAUUGUGUGAAAAUAGACAUACUUAUACUUUUUGCAGUUUUAUUCUUUUACUACAAAAGAAAUAAAAAAACUUUCUGGUAUUGAAAAAUUUACUUUUCUUCGGUAUAUUAUCAUGUCAGACUGGACAAUGUACGUGGGAACAAGCAAUCGAGUCUCGAGUCUCGUCCUAAUGGAGCGGCUCGCCACAUUGCACCAUACUCCCACAU